UGGUUCGUGUUGCCUUUCUUCCCAUUGUUUGCGCAUUCUCGUGCCGCCUAUCACCCGAUCUUAUCACGUGCCCGUGGGGAUAUCAUCUGCGAUUAUUGUUUCGAACGAUUCUUCAUCAAACUGAAAUGAAGUGAUCGAGCCACGACGUGCUUACGGGGUACAUCCUCGCGAAAGAAGCAUGGAUCUCCGGAGUGGCUACUCCAUUUCGAUCGCUUGUUUGCUGAUCGUCAUUGCUGCCGUUUACGAUGCCGAAAGCAGCGGGCAGGAAACAACGUUACGAACCGUGCCGGGUCUGGAGACCUGGGGCUCGAACACGACCAGCAGGUUCGCCGAGGGUGCGGUCGGUCAAGGACGCCCUUCCCGAAAACGGCUCGAGCCAAACAAGCAACGCCAACAGGAGGAGAAUUACGAGGGUGGGGAGGAGUACGCGGACGAGGACGAGGACGAGGACGAGGACGAGGACGAGUACGAGGACGAGCUGAAAGCCGUCGCGGAGUCGCACGAAGCGAUGUCGAGAGACGACACUAGGAACUCGAACGUGUCCGCGGCAGCCGCGAGCAAAGACGACGCUGGACUCGGACCCACCGCCGCCAACAACUUCGACUCGCACGAGGUAAUCACGGCCAACGAUUCCGACGAGGAUGUCGCCUCCAACGAGGCGAUCACCGACGAGAUCGUCGACAAGUACGAUCAGGAGGUUUACGAGCUUCUGAAGUACAAAAAGGAACGGAACACCUCGAGUCACGGCGGAGACGGCAGAUCGAAGACGAAACGCGUGCCGACCGUAAAGAAGGAACUAAGCACGCAAAAAGAGAUACUGAUAGGCAGCAACGAGACUCAGGCGACGGAAAGCCCGGUGUCGAAUCAUCCGAUCGAGGCGAUUCGAAGAGUAAACGUCGGAUCGAACAAGUCGAUAAAACUAGAAAGUCCGGCCGGAGGUGAAGUCCUCGUCGACGAUCGAUACUCCGACUCGGAGUUGAAAAGCUCGAAGAAGUUGGACAAAAGGCAAGAAACGGUUCUGAAGAAUCUGAAAUCUUAUUUGUUGACGGAAUACGCGACCGAGGAGGAACAACUGCAAAAGCUGCUUCGCGAUCUCAGCGCUCGAGAGGACGCUCUGGAGGAGAACUGGCUGAAAGUCCUGGUGAACCUAGCGGAGAAUCAGAUCCGACGGGAACGAGCGCAGAAACUUCUCCUAAACACGGUGAACGAGACGAAGCUCCCGAGAAACGGCCUGGACCCGGCUAACCGAGGCUACGUUUAUCCCGCCGCGACGGAAUCCUCGAUCGAUUCGAGGAAGUCGCGCAACAAACUCACCAACAAGAAGAAGAAGAAGAAGAAGAAACAAACGCCAAGACGUCGUUACUCCACGAGCACGUUUGAUCCGUUACCAGAGACGACCACCACCACUACCACCACCACCACCAGCAGCAACACGGAGACGCCGUCCGUCGAGUGGCGUCUCUUCGCGGAAAGGCUGUUCGGUCCGUCUUGGAAUCAAGAAUCGAACAAGAAUCCAGGGACUUUGGCCUCCGACGAGUUCACCUCGGAAAGGAGGGUCGAAAACGUUCCCGAACCCGAAGAUCGGAGGCUCGUUCGAUUUGGGAAACUCGGUGGCCGUUGGCCCGACCGACGAGAGAUCGCGAACGCGUAUCUGGACUCGGAACGCAUGCCGGACUACGAUCUGGACGAAUCGUACCAACGACUACGGUACGAUCAGCACCAGCAGGAUCAUCGAAGCGAUUUGAACGCGCAGGCUGACGGUUUCGAGCGGAACCGGGACUACGAGGCAGAGGCGCGCGAUUUCGCGGCGAGCAAGAGCUGGCCCGACGCUAGCUACGAGUACGAUUCGCCUUGGAACACCGCACGACAACCACCGAUGCCGAUCAACUCCGAAACCUGGCCUUGGAGGCAGCAACAGCAACAGCAGCAGCAACCUCGAGACGACUCCGAGUUCUGGUCCUCGCACCGUAACAAGUUCCAGCCGAUGGAGGAAACCUAUCGGUUGCAGUUGCGCGACGACCACGCGGAAAACGAGAAACUCUGGCACCCGCAGCGGAUGCAUCUGCCUUGGAACAGAGACAGGUCCGCAUGGCCGAUAGAACGGUCCUCGAAAGACUCUCCUCAGUGGCAACGGAACGAACAAUCCGCGAGGAUGUACGAUCGCGAGCAGACUGACCCAGCUGCCUGGGAGAAGGGUGAACAUCGCUCCGAGGCGAACGGGUCCUCGGCGAAGCAACAGUCCAAAGAGAAGAUCGUUUUUCCGAAAAUCACGAUGAAGACGUGGAACAGUCUGACCUCGGACCCGGCUACCUGGCCGCACAAGCUGCCGGGCGCGAAACCGUGGCCGAAAGACGAGAACGGAAAGUCCUACAACCCGAACGCCGAUCUCGUUCGGAAGCUAGGUUUGGACAAGCAGAACGACACGGCGUGGUCGUCCAACGAAGAGACGGAUAAAACGAACGGGGAUAGGAAACCGAAAGACGAGAAGCAGAACAGAGUUUACGGUUUGAAAGAGUCCAUGAUCGGGGACGAUAAAUCGGACGGCGACGAGGCAAGGUCUUUGGCCGACUCGAUCACGCCUUGGGCACGGCUGGCGGAAUCGAAAGGCACGAAAGAGUGGACGGAGUCGAAAAGUAAGCAGUCCGAGGAUACCGAUUAUUGGAAAUGGCCGGGAUACCAGGAUAAAAGCUCCUGGCCGAACAAAGCCGCUCUGCCCAAAAUCCAAUCGGUGGGUGCUUGGGUGUUGUCGCCGGACAAAACCGCCUGGGAACCGUACCGGAUCGAGCCGAUCGAGCUCGCGGACGAGGACCACGACGACGAUGGUUCCCGCGGUUGGUUGAAACCGAUCGGUAGGUCGAGUACCGAGGCCAAGUGGUCCGACAAAGGAUCCUCCAGGUCGGACAAACCUCUCUGGUCGAAGACGUCGAACGAUGCGGAGGUUUGGAAAUCCGGGAAACCAGGUUCUUGGUUCGCGAAAACGAAACAGACGGAGCAGUCGAGCGACCCUGACUCGUGGAAAAGGAGAGAAGGAGGGUUGGCGUGGUUGAAAAAAGCUCAGUCCUGGCCGACGCGGAACGGGAACGAGAAUUCUUGGACAGGUAAGGGGGCCGAUGUCUCCUGGUCGACCAGAUCCAACGAAUCCUGGCCGUCGAAAACCACCAACGGGCAGACAGCCAACCACGUCGCGGAUUCUUCGUCGGUCAAGACGAAGGAGAACGACUCGUGGAAGAUCGAGGACGCGUGGUCGGGAAAGUCGAGCGAUCGGAACAGCGGUGGUGGUUCGAAAAGCAACGAGCCGUCCCCUUGGCAGCGAAAGAUCAACGAGAAGUGGAACUACGACGACAAGGCCGGCUCGACGGGAACCUGGCCGUCCAAGUGGAAGCAGUUCGCCUACCAUCGAGUAACGGCCAUGCCGAUCUCGAAACCGGGAACCACGUCCGACGGUGUCGCGUCCAAGUCGAAAAACGCGUUCGUCGCUGUGUCCGCGGUCUCGUCGCCGAUAUAUACUGGACACGAGGGGAAGAAGGACGAGGAGGACGCGGGGAACGAAAGAACAAGGUCCGAGGAUCAGGGACGGUCUAGCGAUAAUCAGCUUCGAGCGAAUCUCGAACGUCCUAUCAGCGCCUGGAAGAAGGACCUUGGUCAGCGCUCGAGUUCCACGAAAGUCAACGGCGAUCCGCAGGAGAACAAGCACGAGGCACUCGUGCAAAUUGACUUCUGGUCCUACGGAGAGGACGAGGCUGAGAAAAGAAGAUCAACGACAACGGGCGUGACGGAGACGACGUCCACGGUCCCGACGAACGUCACGUCGUCGUCGGCGCCCCGUCGCGCGGGGACCAACGGCCUCCUGGAAACGAAUCGAUGGACGAUUUCGAUGAAAUAGAUCGAUAAUUUACGGUAGAUCCUGAUCCUGAUCUUGGCCGACGCGCGCGUACCGAUCUGUUCCGUCGACGGCGACGAUAGACCACGCGAUGUCUGCGAGGAAUUUAAAAAAGCGAGCCCAUUGGCCACCUGCCAAACGCGCACCGUGCCCUGUCCUCGAACCUCUUCUCGGUUUCUGGUAUCAUCGGCGUCGAGACCUAACCAUUCCUCGAACGUUGCGCAAAAACCUUUCGUUUUCCAGCUUGGAGAGAUUUAUGGCCGAUACGUAAGGGCAGAGGAAAUAUCGUCGCCUCGGUGGGCACGUUUUCAGAACGAGAGGGGCGAGCAAUCUUUCCCGUUCGCAUACGAACGAGAACAUUCGGAUUCAGGUCCGCGAUCUAACGAAAAUGAUAUUUUAAAUACUUCCGAUACGCGUUCUCGCAUUGCCUUGCCCGUCCGAGCUAUUUUAAACCCACACUACUCGCAGCUCUACCGCGUACGGUCAAACCUUGUCCCCUUCGUCGAUUAAUUACCAACGAUCGCAUUGUUUAAACUUUCGUUCUUAAGCUCGAGUCUCGACUAAAUAAAAGUACCGAAAGUAUAUAUAUGUAUCUGCCUUAUUAAACGGCUCGGUGUUCGAUAAGCGAUCGAUGGAGGAACGCGAUUUCAACGAAACCAUCGAUUCCCAUUGAAGAUCGAGCGAGCGAUUUCGAGAGCAUAUUUGAAAUUUAGAUGAAACUCGCUCGGAUUUUAAAGACCAUCGUCGCGUCGUCUCCGCGGUCGAGUUGUAUAUCGAUUCUC